AUGUCUUUCUUCAGUGCUUACAGCAAGAUCAUCUGGAUAAGUCGCAGCACCACUGGAAUUCUGUGUUUACAGCAACUCGUGAAGUACUUUAAUACAUCUCACCAAGGCCUAGAAGAUGUUGUAGCAAUAAUGAUUCCUGAGCCCAAAGGAAAAGAGAUAGUGAGCCUCUUGGAGAGGAACAUUACUGUGAUGAUGUACAUCACCAUCGGGACACGCAACUUGCAGAAGUACGUCAGCCGGACCUCCGUGGUGUUUGUCUCCAUCUCCUUCAUCGUGCUGAUGAUCAUCUCGCUGGCGUGGCUGGUCUUCUAUUACAUCCAGCGAUUCCGCUACGCCAACGCCAGGGACAGAAAUCAGCGCCGUCUUGGAGAUGCUGCAAAGAAGGCAAUCAGCAAGCUGCAAGUCAGAACAAUCAGGAAAGGUGACAAGGAAACGGAGCCAGACUUUGAUAACUGUGCUGUUUGUAUUGAAGGCUACAAGCCCAAUGACGUUGUGAGAAUUUUGCCUUGCAGGCAUCUGUUCCACAAGUCGUGUGUAGACCCCUGGCUGCUAGACCAUCGUACCUGCCCAAUGUGUAAAAUGAAUAUUCUAAAAGCUCUAGGGAUCCCGCCAAACGCAGAUUGCAUGGAUGAUAUACCUCCAGACUUGGAAGCAUCCAUAGGAGGACCACCAACCAAUCAGAUCACGGGAGCCAGCGAUAUAACAGUGAACGAGAGCUCUGUAGCCCUGGAUGCCCCGGUGCGAACUGUGGGAGUUCUACAAGUCAUCCAAGAUAUAGACUCCUUCCCCCAGGCCGGGGAGGGUAACUUCACAACAAGCAAUGAACAGGAGCCAGCAGUCAGCAGUGAUUCAGAUAUUUCAUUGAUUAUGGCAAUGGAAGUUGGACUGUCCGAUGUGGAGCUUUCCACUGAUCAAGACUGCGAAGAGGUGAAGUCUUGAAAAAUAAACAGAGAUCCAACACUAAACUACAGGGAAGGGUCAGAGGGAGGGACCGAGUCAGCUUUCUAGGAUUUGGACCAGUCAUGUACAUGCCUCCAGAGCACUGUCACUCCUGCACACUCCAUUCUGAGAUGGUCACGAAAAGCAAUAGCAACAGUUGUGUCUGCCUGGAUGCAGUUUCAUCAUCUACAUACGUUCGUUCUGUUCACAUGGGAGAGGAAAGCUUCCAGUUUACCCACGUGCUUAAGAGCAGUCGUGUAGCUCUUCAGUGGCUCAUAAAUAUGUAACUGAAACGACA